UGGAGCGGCGCCUCGGCUUCGGGACCCCCGGGCUCCGGAGGUGGGGUAGGAGCCCCCCAGGUAGGAAGAGCCACGAGGAACGGAGCGACGGAGCCGGGGAGGGCGGGCGAAGGGAUGAGAGGGAAGGAGGGAGGCCCAGGCGGGGCCCGGAGAGGCCGGAGCUGAGAGGGGGCGGCAGGGAUCGGGGGGCAAGGGGCCGGAGGGCGGAGGGCCCCCUCUCCUCCCCCGCCAUGCCCUCUCUGCCCCUGCCCCUGGCCUGUCCGGCCCUCACGUUGCUCCUCGGGGCCCUCACCUCCCUCUUCCUCUGGUACUGCUACCGCCUGGGCUCCCGGGACACGCCGGGCCCCGGGGGGGCCGGCGGAGGAGCCGGCGGCCCCGGCGGGGGCGCCGAGGCCGGGGGGCCCGGGGCCGGCGGGGAGUCCGGCGAGGGGGCCGGGGCCGAGGGCCCGAUGAGCCGGAGACUGAGGGCCUACGCCCGCCGCUACUCCUGGGCCGGGAUGGGGCGGGUGAGGCGGGCCGCCCGAGUCGGGCCCGGGCCCGCCGGGGGCCCCGGGGGCCCGGGCAUCCAGCGCCCGGCCCUGCUCUUCCUGCCGGACCUGCCCUCUUCCCCCUUCGUGCCCCGCGACGCCCAGCGGCACGACGUCGAGCUCCUGGAGGGCAGCUUCCCCGCCAUCCUGCGGGACUUCGGCGCCGUGAGCUGGGACUUCUCGGGGACGCCCUCCCCGCCCCGGGGCUGGUCUCCCGCCCCGGCCCCCGGCUGCCACCAGUUCCUGCUGUACCGGGCCGGGAAGUGCCAGCCGGGCAACUGCCGCCGCUGCCCGGGGGCCUACAGGGCCCUGCGCGGGCUGCGGAGCUUCGUCAGCGCCAACUCCUUCGGCAACGCCGGCUUCUCCGUUCUUCUACCGGGGGCCCGGCUGGAGGGGCGCUGCGGGCCCACCAACGCUCGCGUCCGCUGCCACCUAGGCCUGAAGAUUCCCCCCGGCUGCGAGCUGGUGGUUGGGGGGGAGCCCCAGUGCUGGUCAGAAGGACACUGCUUGCUGGUGGACGACUCCUUUCUGCACACGGCCGCCCACAACGGCGCCCCUGAGGACGGGCCCCGAGUGGUCUUCAUCGUGGACCUCUGGCACCCCAACGUGGCCGGAGCGGAGCGCCAGGCCCUGGACUUUGUCUUCGCACCUGACCCUUGAAAGGAAAGCUUGGCAUUCGGGCCCCUCCCCAUCCCCCACCCUCCCCGCUUAAAGGAAUCCAUCCGGCCCCCCGCAGGGACUCUCCGUGGAUGCUGGCGGGGAAGAUGAGGCUUGGGAUGCUAGGAUGACCCGGACACUGGCCAUCCUCAUCCCGGCUGCCAGGGUGGAGGGACUCUGGGCCGGGGCGUGGGGGGAAGAAGGGCACCCGCAGGAGCUGGUGAGACCUUGGAGCAAUAAUAUAAAUCAUGACUCUCUCGCCA